GCCGAUUUUGAGAUCAAUAUAGUAUUUUCUUUUCCACAUCCGUUUGAAUAAAUAAGUAUAUACCAAUUUUAUCGCUCUCACUUUAUUAUUAUUAUGUUUCGUGCCUUGAGAAGAGUUACUUCGCUUACCGCUCGUCUGUAUCACUCUAGUUAUACUCUAUCAGCAGCGGCCCCUUCCACUUCUGAAAUUACGUCCAUUUUGGAAGAACGCUUGCUGGAUAAAACACCUUCUUUCAACGUUGAGGAAACCGGCCGCGUUAUCUCUAUUGGAGAUGGUAUCGCCCGCAUCCACGGUCUAACAAAUGUACAAGCAGAAGAGAUGGUGGAGUUUUCCACGGGCUUAAAGGGAAUGGCGUUGAAUUUAGAACCUGACAGUGUCGGUGUUGUGGUGUUCGGUAACGACACGGAAAUUAAGGAAGGCGAUCUUGUAAAACGAACGGGCCAGAUCGUGGAUGUACCUGUGGGUGAAAAUCUUCUUGGGCGUGUCGUUGAUGCUCUUGGCAAUCCCAUAGAUGGCGGAGCACCCAUAACUGGAAAACGCAAGAGAGUUGGUGUCAAAGCUCCUGGAAUUAUGCCCCGGAAAUCUGUUCACGAGCCUGUCCAGACAGGCCUCAAGUGCAUUGACACGUUAGUACCAAUAGGGCGAGGGCAGCGCGAGCUAAUCAUAGGCGAUCGCCAAACUGGGAAAACCGCCGUUGCACUCGACACUAUUUUAAACCAAAAGAGGUUUAACGAGGCGGCCGACGAAAAAAAAAAAUUGUAUUGCGUGUACGUAGCGGUGGGCCAGAAGCGCUCGACGGUGGCACAGUUUUUAAGCGCUCUUAAGAAAAAUGAUGCUCUGAAGUACUGCACGAUUGUGGCAGCCACCGCCUCCGAUUCCGCUCCGUUGCAGUACUUAGCUCCGUACUCGGGGACGGCUAUGGGAGAAUAUUUCCGUGAUAACGGAAAGCACGCGUUAAUUGUCUUCGAUGAUUUAUCUAAGCAAGCUGUGGCGUACCGACAAAUGUCACUACUACUACGCCGUCCGCCUGGGCGUGAGGCUUAUCCAGGAGAUGUUUUUUAUCUCCACUCUAGGCUUUUAGAACGAGCAGCGAAAAUGUCGGACAAGCACGGCGGGGGAUCUCUCACUGCUCUUCCUAUCAUUGAAACUCAAGGAGGGGACGUCUCCGCUUAUAUCCCCACCAACGUCAUUUCGAUAACGGACGGACAAAUCUUUCUGGAAACCGAACUAUUUUUCAAAGGAGUUCGUCCGGCCAUAAACGUCGGCCUGUCGGUUUCAAGAGUGGGCUCAGCUGCUCAGUUGAAGUGCAUGAAGCAAGUGUCUGGCACCAUGAAACUGGACUUAGCCCAGUACCGCGAAGUCGCCGCCUUUUCUCAGUUUGGCUCUGACCUGGACGCGGCUACCCGAGCACAGUUGGCCCGCGGCUCUCGUCUGACUGAGCUUCUCAAGCAGAAGCAGUACAGCCCGAUGGCGGUGCCGGACAUGGUGGCGGUAGUGUAUGCUGGCACUCGAGGUUUCCUUGACCAGCUCCCUUUGAACCGCGUGGGUGAGUUUGAAGAAAAGUUUCUGGACUUCAUGCAUUCCAGUGGCAAAGGCAUUCUCGAUGAUAUCGCUAGUAAGGCUGAGCUUACCAGAGACACCGAGAAAAAUCUUCGCGCAAAAAUCGAAGAAUUUUUAAAGAGUUUCUAAACUUUUGUAA